AUGCACAAGAGAAUAUGCAAGAAACUAAAUGACUGCGCUUCAGAUUAUGAUGCGGUGUGCAAAAAUUUGGAAGAGCUCCAGGCAGCAGGAGAUGAUUCGAAGGAGCAAUUGGAAGCGGCCAUUGUCGAAAAGAUGGAAGCUUCUUUAUGUUACGUGCAGCUGCUGAUUGAUCAUGCUUACUUUUCAACCGAUACUAUUCAAAGGGGAGCAGUGAUUUAUGAAAAUGCCAUGCGAAUGCUACUAUGGUGUGUUGAUAGAUCCAUGAAGCCAUUUCAAAAUGUGCAAUGCCUCUUGGUACUUGCAGCUUGCCUCGAGUACGACGAAGGCGUAAUGGCGAUCAUCGCAAGGUUAAAUGACCAUCAUGGUUCAAAUGAAGAUGCUGCCAAGGUAGUAGAACUUGUGGAAAUCGCAAUGGAUCCGUCAUUCGAGCACAAAGGAGAAGGGGCAGACUUGGUGUAUACUUGUCUUUUGCUAAUUCAUGUGAGACGGUUUACUCGCCAUUGUGACACACACACGAACGAGACAACAACAACACCGAACGAAACAAGGUUGAAACUGGAAGAAAACCUUCGUACUAUAAUGAGUAUCUGCGUUGAACAAUGUAAAUGGGUAUUGGAAUGUGUACCACCCGAUGGUGAUCCGCUACUUCCCGAAGCUGCAAAUGAGUUGUUUGGAAAGUUGAGCUGCUGGCAGUUGAUCAAGGACUCAUUUGCAUUGACACCUGGAUUGAUGGACGUCUUUCUUGACUUUUGUCCGUUGGAAAGAUCGAUACGAUGA